AUGAUGAUGAAACCAAACUUUGAAUUUGAAAAUGAAUCUGUAACUGAUUUGAGUAAUGGUCAUGAGGAAUUACUGAAUGACAUUGAAGAAUUAAGCAAAGCUCUUUACUUGAACAAAACCCCUAUUAAGCCGAUCCUUAAUAACCGAUCUAAAUCUGCCGAGAGAACGCGUGUUUCGAAGCCCCCGCUUAACUCGAAUCCGAGAUUUGUAAGUGAGGAUCUGUUGAUAGAGGACAAGAGAUUGUCUUUGAAAUGGAAUUGGAAGAAGCCCUUGAAAGCUUUGACGCUUAUCGGUUCUCAAAAGUUCGUUUGUCGAUUUAGUCUUCAUGUUCACUCAAUUGAGGGACUGCCUUCGAGUUUCGAGGGGGUUAGAUUAAGUGUGCAUUGGAAAAGGAAAAACAGUGUUUUGCAGACCUGUCCGUCGAGGGUAUUAAAUGGUUUUGCGGAGUUUGAUGAAACUUUGAUACAUAGAUGUACGGUUCAUGGUAGCCGUACUGUGUCUGGCCGUGGUUUGAAGUAUGAAUCCAAGUGUUUCUUGAUUUAUGCUUCUGUUGUCGGGGAGCCUGAACAUAAUAUAGGGAAACAUCAGGUUGAUCUUACAAGGCUUUUGCCUCCGAGUUUAGAAAAUUUAUGGGGGAAUCAAAGAUCUGGGAAGUGGAGUACGAGUUUUAGGUUGACUGGAAAAGCAUUAGGAGCUAGAAUAAACGUUAGUUUCAGUUAUCAAGUGAUGAAGGAUGAGUUAAUGGGAUUUGGUUGUAAUAAUGUGAAUGUUGGUAACUCUAUUAACUUGAAGACAGGUCCAAGCAGCGCAGACAAUGUUGUCGGUUUUAGUCCUAACAACAGGGAUAUAAAGCUUCGGCGGGAUCAGAAUGACGUGGUGUUAUCGAAUGAAGUGGCGAUGAAUUCUGGCUCAGGUUUUUCCGAAUCAAUCACUUUCCUAUAUCAAAAGCUUGACGAGGGGAACAUCAAUAAUUCAGCAUGGGCAGACUCAGAGUCGUCUCAAGGAUCAAAUCUAUAUGUGUCUGAUGACACUGAUUUUUCCACCAGUGAACAAGGAGUAGGAUCAUCCGAAGGGGAUUCAUUCGAACUUGAUCAGGCAGGAAUUCAAAUAGUUGAUAUGUCAACAGUUGAAAUCAUUAAUGUGGAUGAUAUUAUUAAGGACGAUGACACGUUUGUUGAUGAUAAUGAAAGAUGUGAUUCACUUGAUACUGUAUGUUCUAGGAAUGUAGAUGUGGAAGAUAGCAGCAAGCAUAAAUUCAGUUUUUCAUGUGUCGAUCUACCAUGCACAAAGGUUGAGGAUUCAGUUCCUGAGACAUCAGAGUUUCUUGGCCAAGAACAAUACUUGAGUUUUAAAUCAGAUUAUAAAGCACAUAAAAAGUCACAUAGUUUGGAUGAUUUCAUCGACACUGUUGCAAGUGAUUUCUUAAAGACACUGACAUUGGGGAGUGAUUCAUUUCGUUCAAGUUGUGACGGUGAUCCCCUGUCUCCUAGAGAGCAACUUUUAAGACAGUUUGAAGAUGAGGCUUUAGCUUCUGGUAACUUCACUUUUGAUUUCGAUGCAAACGAGGAGGAAUUGGGGGAAGGUACAUGUGGACAUGAUUUUGGGGAUUAUGCUGCUGAUUCUGAUUUAUCUUUAAUUAUUUGCGCCGCUGAAGAGGUGUUUGAAAGGGAAAAUCAGUCCUUAGUACAGAGGAGGAAGGCUAAAAUUCUUGAAGAUCUGGAGACUGAUUCAUUAAUGCAACAAUGGGGUUUAGAUGAGAGGGACUUUCAAAAUUCUUCAAGAAGAUGGUCUGGUGGAUUUGGAAGUCCAAUUGAACUAUCCGAUGAAGAACCAUCCAUAUUGCCUUCAAUUGGAGAAGGGCUUGGUUCGUUUGUUCAAACUACAAGCGGAGGUUUUUUGAGGUCCAUGUGUCCAUCCCUCUUCAAAAAUGUCAAGAAUUGUGGGAACCUCAUCAUUCAGGCUUCUAAUCCGGUUGUUCUACCUGCGAAAAUGGGCAAUGAUAUAUUGGAUAUACUUCUAAACAUGGCAUCUGCUAGACUUCAAGAGCUUUGUGAUUAUAUCACUAAGUUAAUGCCUUUGCAAGAUAUCACCGGAAAAUCCAUUAAGCAUAUCGUGUCGGACGCUGACACCACUAUUGAAGCUCCCGGAAGGCAGGGAUUGCGUGAGCAUGAUUUGUUUGAAGAAUUUCCAAGUAGUUAUUUAGCUUACAAAGACAACUCUGUGUCUCUAGAAUCUAUAGCGCCUAUGAGUAUUGAUAAGAUUGAAGCCCUUUUAAUAGAAGGGUUGAGAAUUCAAUCUGGUAUGUCAAACGAGGAGGCACCAUCAUGCAUUCAUUCCAAAAAUGAAGAAACCGACAAUGAUCUUGAUGGUUUGAUGGGUCUGUCGGUAACAUUGGAUAUGUGGUCGAGACUUGAUUCUGGAAUCAUCCAAGGAGAACAUAAUUUAGAACGAAUUUUGAAGAUCCUUAAAGCACACAAUUCUAAAAUCACCGAAUUAGAUAAUGAAGGGUUGAGAAAUUGCUCGGAUAAAGAGAAAGUAGAUGGCAGAAUGCACGGAUAUUUUGGAAAUUGCACAACAGUUGUUUUUAUGAUCCAGCAUAGAGACCCUCUAAGAAAUUACGAAGCAGUUGGUGUUCCAAUGCUGGUUUUAACUCAGGUAGAAAGAGUUGACACACAUACAACGGAGAAAGAAACCCUUCGAUCUAGAUUCAAAAUCAAAGAGAUUCAUCUUGCAGGUGUCCUUACCAAACCUGGAAAAAGGCAAGUUUGGGGCACGGCGUCUCAGCAACAAUCGGGGUUACGAUGGUUGCUUGCGAGUGGCAUGUGUAAUACUGUCAAACACUCUUCUUCAAAAUCGAAGGCGAUUAUUGUUAGAUCUCCUCCACUGUUUACCAACAAGUUGAUGAAUCAGGAUAUCUUUUGGAGCAUUUCAUGUGGCAAAGAUAACAUGGAUACCAACGCACACGUUAGGAAUGUUGAUAUCAUCUUCCCUAAUUGA